AUGAUCAUGUUAAUUGUUAUCUCGAUGCUUAUCGUUAUGUCCAGUCACUCAGUCGUCGUUUUUUGUGCGAAACCGAAAAAGGAUAAGAAGGAGAACAUGUUGGCGAUCACGCCACAGGGAAACACACCACAUCCGCAUGGUCCCCAUAAGUCGGUGAUUGUUGAGCGAGAAGAUCGAGAUUCGACGAGAACCAAGGCUGGGAAUCGGAAUAUGAAAAGUAGCAAGGAGCCAGAUUCCACAGACGACGCCUUCAAAGAUUUGGCCGCCCGUCUUGCGAAAAAGGAGAAGCCAGACAAGACGAACGAUUCGCUUCUUGGGGACGAUGAGAAUCCGUUGGCACAGCUUCAGAUGCCUGAACGACCGGUGGUGGAGCCGAACCAAGACGGAGCGAAACUGGAGAAUAUUGUGGAGAUGGAGAAGAAGCCGAAGCCACUGAACAAGGCGCCGACACCACAGGUCAAUCCGAUCACCGCCAAAGAUGUUUCAGUCGCGAUACCGCUUGCGAGCUCGGCGCCGAAAUCGAAAAAAUCACAAAAGACGAAAUUAAAGUUAGAGGCUAGUCCUCCGGUGCAUACGGAUAAGACACAAUCGGACCCGAGGAAAGACGUGGAUCCGACACAAAUUGGCACUUUGGAGGAGAAUCCGGAGACGGUCACGAAGGACAAAGAAGCCGUUAAGAAAGAAGAUAGCUCAAUGAAGAACAAAAAUCCAUCGACGUCGUUGAAGAAAACGAAAAAGGAUGCAACAUUUUUUCAGAAAACAACGAAGGGUGGUGACAAAUAA